AUGCCUGGACCAUGGGACGCUACGACUGAUCUAAGAUUGCUUAUGAACGUUAUUGACCAGGCUGGUGCCAAAGCUAAUUGGGACAACGUCGCUGCCGCUAUGGGUGGCGGGUUCACUGCUGAAGCGUGCCGGCAGCACUUUGCUAAACUUAAGAAAAGCACCCUUGACAGCUCUCCAAAUACCAACGGUGCUACCGAAAACGGUGCGGCCGUCACUCCGUCUCCGCGCAAGCGCAAACCCAGAGAGCCCAAAGCUGCCGGUGAAACUCCUACCAAACGUCCUCGUAAAAAUGCUAAAAAGGCCGCGGCCGAUGAUGCUUCCGUUGAUGCUGCCAAAGACGCCGAGGGAACUGCUUGA